AUGUCCAUCGACAACAAGCCCGUCCCGCCGCCGGCGAACCGUCACGACGAGAGUGGCGACGAGUCCAUCACCUCGUCUCCCAUCGGAGAUCUCGACAGGUCUUCGCUUGCUGAUGUCAACCCGGCAGCCGCCGCAGCUGCUCAGGAUGGCCAGCAACCGAAGCGCAAGGGUGGCCGUAAGCCCAUUUAUGCCACGUCCGAGGAGCGCAAGCAGCGCAACAGGCAGGCCCAGGCCGCCUUCCGCGAGCGUCGUACCGAGUACAUCAAGCAGCUCGAGGACACCAUACGCGUCCACGAGUCCAACCUACACAAUCUCCAGACGGCCCAUCGGACAGCCGCCGACGAGUGUCUGAUGCUCCGCUACAAGAACUCGUUACUCGAGCGUAUCCUGCUCGAGAAGGGUAUCGACGUUCAGGCCGAGCUUCAGGCCAAGACGGGCAGCCCUAGCCUGGGCACCACCCACAUGCUCCAAAACCUGGUCCAGCCACCCCCGAUACAGAGAGCACUCAUCAACCGCCACCACCAGUCUCGCAGGUCCAACUCGACUCUCGCCCCCAAGAGCGAGCCUGGAAACCCGCUACCCCCGCCUCACUCCAUGGCUGUCGCCUCGCCCAAGAAUAGGCCUACGCCUCCUUCCCACUCCAACUCUCCCACCAACACUGCCGCUUCUGCCUUCUCCCCGGCCGCUUCGGAUACUCCGUCUAUGCGAGGAUCCGUGGCUGGUGGUCUGCCGCGACAGCAGAUGCACCCCAUGGCCCAGCAACAUAGGCAGCAGCAGCAGCAGCAGCAGCAGCAGCAGCAGCCGCCCACGCCACGUGGGGGACGACAGCAGCAGCCCGCUCCCAAUCCAUCGGGGGCAUCCUUCUAUCCUACGCCCGCUUUCCAGAACCACAUCGAGCAGCUCGAGCAAGAAUAUGAUGCCCAGGCCGAUAUGGUUGACGGGGCGGAUCUCGAGACACCCAAUGGGUCGGGGCAAUACCCCCCCUUCCCCAACGAGGGAGCUCCUCACAUGCUCUCCCCGCCCUCCAACGGCCCGGCACCACACAUGCCCCCACAACAUGAGCCCGGUCACGGCCAGACGAGCGGCCAGCAGUACCCCUCGAUGUCGUCCCUCAUGGACCAGAACAUCGAUUGGGAUCCCUUUGGACUCAGCGCAAGCAUGGCUUUCCCCUCUCAAUCAUAUCAGCUUGACCAGGCCAACAUGAGGUGA